AUGCUUAAAGGGUGUGGAGCGGCAGGAGCUGGAGCCAUCUUGCACAACGGUUGGAGCGACGACAAGGAACGCUGCACAGUAUUCGAGAAGAUUCUUUACCUUUCAGCAACAUUACAUGUUGGUGAUGAGAUUCGGGAGAUUGGUGGUGUGUGUGUUGCAAACCGCUCAAUCGAUUCGUUGCAGCAGAUGCUUAAAGACGCUCGUGGACAGGUGACGUUCAAAAUUGUGCCUUCAUACCGAUCUGCACCACCACCUUGCGAAAUUUUCGUUCGCGCUCAAUUUGAUUACGAUCCUUUCAAGGACGACUUGAUCCCAUGCCCAGAAGCAGGUGUUCCUUUCAAAACUGGUGAUAUACUUCAGGUAUAA